AUGAGAUUAAGUAGUGUACUAUUUACUGCGCCCUCAAACAUAAGCGCAAGACGACCACAACGGGAACCAAUUCCCUUUCAAAUGUUAUUGCCAUUAAAAUUGAAGAAAACUGUGUCUGGCAAAGGCGAUAAACUUAAAGAAGCAGCCUGCAUGCAAGAACUAGCAGUUAUGUUCGCUUGUUUUAAGAAAUCAGAAUUUGAUCAACAACAAUGUCUUAAGGAAGUGUCAUCUUUCCAAAAUUGCUACAAAGAUUAUUAUAAACGAGCAAAAGUGCAAAGAGAACAAGGAAAGAAGGGUGUACUAGUUCCCGGAGAAAAGAAUUUGACCCACAGACAAGUCAAUAUGCUUUUAAGAUCGUUCCCUCCAAAACCGUAG